UUUUCCCCUCCAUCCUGUAUCAGUUUGUGGAUAUUCAUUAUACGCAUAUGAGGAUGUCAUGUUUUGCUAGGUUGAAAACUUUGUUUGAAAUGAUGCUUCCCUCUCCUGUCAGAAGGUUCUGACUAUAAAAUGCAUUGUAAUUACUCUUUGAUGCAAAGUGAUAUGACACUUUGGCUGUUUGUUUGCUGCUAUGAAAUUCACUUUUUUUUUUAGGAUCCAUAUGAACACGCCAUAUAGUUUCAUCUCCAUUAGUGUCUACUGACUAAACAUUUAACCAUAAAAAUGGCCCAAUAGAAACUAUAAAUCCCUGAAAAAAUACCAUUGACAUGAAGACAUGAAAAGGACAUGAUGGGUGCUGCACAUAACUGACUUGACAGCAUGGUGUUAUAGUACAGCCUGCCAUCUGUGGUUGUCAUGGUAACAUUUAUGGUAUCUGCACUGGCAAAGGUCUUCAGCAUCUAAAAAUAAAUGCUGUUUCAUUAUGAGCACAGAGUCACUGCAGAAUGAUGCCUGUUACAGACAUGCUUGAGAUAUAUGCUUCAGUAGCGUGCUGAUUGAAGGAGGUGCCAGUGAGAUGACUGACCUCUGAUUCAGAUACUGAACGAGUAUGCCUGGAGGAAGGAGUGAGAAUGCAUUCAGAACCAGUAAGUGUUCUCUGCUAGGUUAAUGGCAUUUUUCACUGAACUCUUCUUGGCAUGCACUCAGUAUUGAUCCCCAUCCCUCCAUCCAACCUGCUUUUAGAGGCUGGGACUCGCUGUGAUGAGAUUACAGAGACAGGGGGGUUAGUCUCUGUGUCACGAAGCAGCAGCUACUGCAAAAAUGAGUCUCCAUGAUGGACGAAUGACCAGCAACGGUGACGCACAUUUGGAAGGCAUGAAGGUGCAGGAUCCCUCAACCCCAACUAGGAAGCCUCAACCUCCCAAGCCUGAAAAUGCCAUCACUAUUGCUGUGUCAUCACGUGUGCUCUUCAACAUGGACCUGGAACAGCAGAUCUUUGAACAGAAGGGCAUGGAGGAGUACCUGAAGUACCAGACUGAACAUGAGACUGAACCAUUUGCACCUGGACCUGCUUUCCCCUUUAUUAAGGCUCUGGAAGCAGUCAAUGUGCAGCUGAGACAACUUUAUCCAGACAGCGAAGAGCUCUUUGAUGUUGUCCUGAUGACUAACCAUCAUGCCAAUGUCGGGCUCAGACUCAUUAACUCAAUCAACCAUCAUGAGCUGUUCAUCGAGCGCUUCUGUAUGACUGGAGGUAAUAGUCCAAUUGGGUAUCUGAAAGCCUACCACACCAACCUGUACCUGUCUGCUGAUUCAAAGAAAGUGAUGGAGGCCUUAGAGGAAGGGAUUGCAGCAGCCACCAUGUUUAAACCAGAGAAAGCAGCGGAGGUUUCAGAAACACAGCUGCGAGUGGCCUUUGAUGGAGAUGCAGUGCUGUUCUCGGACGAGUCGGAGAGAAUCUUUAAAACGCAAGGCUUGGACAAAUUUUUUGAACAUGAAAAGGCCCAUGAAAACAAGCUACUUGAUCAUGGUCCACUGAAAGGAUUCUUGGAGGCUUUAGGAAGACUGCAAAAGAAAUUCUUUGCUAAAGGCCAGCGUAUGGACUGUCCCAUCCGCACCUACCUUGUGACUGCUCGCAGCGCAGCUAGUUCAGGUACACGUGCCCUGAAGACCCUGCGUUCUUGGGGCCUAGAGACGGAUGAAGCCCUUUUCUUGGCUGGAGCACCUAAGGGCCCUAUGCUAGCAAAAAUCAAGCCCCACAUUUUCUUCGAUGAUCAAAUGUUCCAUAUUGAAGGGGCUGCAGAGUUGGGAACUGUGGCAGCUCACGUUCCCUAUGGAGUCGCCCAAAAGGUGCCAUCAAAGAAACCAAAUGACACGAGUGAUAAAAAAAAAUAAAACAACAUUGUUUAAUGACAUGAAAUAUAUAUUGUGUUGACACAAUUUGUUUUUAGCGGUUGGUGCCUGCCUUGAAUGUUCUUCAGAGUGACAUAUUGUACUGUACUAAGAUUUUAUAAUAUGUAGUGUACCUAGAUUAUACUGUUUUAGCUAAACAAAAUCUGUGAAGUCAGGUGAAGCUACAGAUCAAGAGGAUCAAGCCAUAUAUGUUUUGCUGGCUGAUUACAUAGAGUGAAUUUAAUACAGCAAGGGAAUGUAAUGGAUGUACUUUGUGCCUUCUAGGUGACUUUUAUGUCUAUUAGAUUAUUCUUUGAUGCACUUUUGGAUCAUUUUGAUAAGUAUGUGAGUAUAUUUUGUCAAAAACCAUAAGUGGCUGCAUGUUUUAUUGUUGGAUCUCGUAUAUGCAACAUUUUGUUUCUGUGAUGUACAAUUGUUCCAUUAAUGUAACAGACAUUUAACUCUGUGAAAGAUUUACCAAUUGCUCUAACCUCUAGGUAAAGCAAAAAAGAGUUUUAUGAUCUUAUAAUGGUGUUUAUUUCCAGCCACUUUUCUAGCCAAUUCUCACCACCUAUGUAGCUAGAUGCUUUAUAUGCAUUUUUAUAAGCCAGGACAGAAUACAAAAAAAAUGCAGGUCGACUGGUGAUUGGAUUAUUUAAAAAUAUUUAUCUAUGUGCAUAAAGAAAAAGUUUAUGAUAUAUAAAAAUAAUAUUAAUAUAGCUGAGACUGUAUAAUGCAAAUGAAAAAUGUGUUUUUUUUUUUACAUAAAUAAAUAGAUGCUCUAAUUCACCUUAGCAUAAUUCUGUUUAUUGUGCCUAUUAUAUGUGGAGCAUAUUGCUAUAUUUUUGUAUUGACUUAUAUUCUAUACCGCCUACAACUUCAUACAGUAUAUAUUCAUUUCUCUAUUAAUUUUCUGUUUAUGUAGCCUAAGUACACUGUAUUUCCAAAAGUAUGUGGACACCUGACCAUCACACCCAUAUGUUCCUUCCCCAAACUGUUGCCACAAAAGUAGAAGCACACAAUUGUAUAGAAGGUCUUUGUAUGCUGUAGCAUUACAAUUUCCCUUCACUGAAACUAAGGGGACCAAACCUGUUUCAGCAUGACAAUAUCCCUUUGCACCAAGCAAGCUCCAUGAGACAUGAUCUGCCAAGGCUGGUGUGGAAGAAUUCAAGUGACCUGACAGAACCCUGACCUCAACUCUGUUGAACACCUUUGGGUGGGAUGAACUGGAACAUCAACUGGAACAUCGACUGCACCCCAGACCUUCUCGCCCAACAGAGCCUGACCUCACUAAAACUCUAGUGACUGAAUGAGCAAAUCUCCACAGUCAUGCUCCAAAAUCUAGUGGAAAGAGUUCCUAGAAGAGUGAACAUUAUUAUAACAGCAAAGG